GGCACCUGGCUGGGCAUGGCCACCCGAAGGCGGUCCCGCUCACGGUCGAUCAUUGCACGAGAGGAGAUCAAUUCAGGACGGAUAGCCAACCAGAGCAAGGUCUUUACAGCAUGGGUCAACUCCCACCUCCGUAAGCGAGACAUGGCCCUCUCUGGUGACCUUGUCAAUGCUGUCCAAAACGGCGUUGCACUGUGUAACCUCAUCGAGGUGCUUACGGUUCGCAAGGUGGGCAAGUUCCAUAAGUCGCCCAAGUCGCCGAUGCAUGUCCGAGAGAAUUUGGCGAUGUUUCUGGAUGGUGCACGGAGUGCUGGCGUGGAGACUACUUGCUCGGUGGAGAACAUCUUGGAGAAGGAUGUCAAGAUGAUCCUCGGCUUGCUCUGGGCACUCAUCCGCAAGUUCCAGCUCGUGGUCGACUUUGACGACAGUGAUGGGACGGGAUCACCCAAAGCUGACCUGAUCGCCUGGCUUCGUCGUCGCAUCGGGGACUAUCCGGGCGUCAACGUGGUCAACUUGUCCGGAUCGUUUGCAGACGGCCUUGCUCUUGCCGCACUUGUCCACUCGUUUCAUCCCGAGCAGCUCGAGUUUGCCACGCUCAAGGCGACCGAGGCCGAGGCCAACGUUGAUGCCGCCCUAACAGCCGCCCAAGACGCGAUGUACAUCCCGGCGCUGCUCGAUGUCGAUGACGUCAUUCUGUGCUCGACUGACGAGUACUCGAUGAUGACGUAUCUCUCGUACUUUCGGUCUACGAGCGCGACCAUGUGUCCAGGAUCGAGCGUAUGCGCUCAAAGUCGAUGGCGCAGCAGGCGAGGCUCUCGUCAAACAUCAACAAGCUGCGAAGCGCGCUCAUGUCGGCCAUCCGCGACAAGGACAAGGCGCGCGAGCUGGCCGACAACAGCGGGGGCGAGGGUGCAAGCUCAGACACUGCGCCGACCGAUGCUGCCGACGUCGAGCUCGUGCGCGAGAUCCAGAAGCUGCACUCGAGGGUUGCUGCCACCGAGGCUGCACUCGCUGCUGAGAAGCGGCGCAAGUGCACGAAGCUCCACUUUGAUGCCCAGCAUCAUGUCCUGCUUGCCCGCGAGCUCGCCGACGGUACACUCGAGGCUCUCCAGCUUGCAGAUGCUGCGAUCGACACCGAGUCGCGGGCGAUGAUUCGGGCGGCGCGGCUGGUCUCGCCGGCACUCUGCUCCCGCGCCACAGGAGCAGUUGACGAAGCCAACAAAGUUGCAGCCGGUCUUGCGGCGGCGGUCAAGACCAAGCGCAACGAGUUCCUCCUCGCUGAUGCACAGUGUGAGCUCCACCCGAUGCUGGCUUACGUCCUCGACGGCUCGCAGUACGCACAGGAGGCAGCCGCUACCCAUGCACUCGUUGAGCGGCAGGCUGCGCAAGUGACUGUGCUGGAGGAAGAGGUCCGCGCUGGAGCUGCUCAGGCUAGCCGCGACCGCGCAGCAUGGGAGACGUCGGAGCGCGAGCUCCGCGACGACUUCCAGGCCAUGCGCGAAGGAAUGGCCCGCGAGAAGGCGAGCUGGCGGGAGCGCGAGCAGGUUGCAGAGGCGCGAGCCAGCGCGGCAGAGGCUCAAGUUGGCUCUCUCCGGGCCGAGCUCGACGCCAAGAAUCGUGCCGCUGACGCGAUUGAAGCCGGGCUUCGCGCCAAGAUGAACGAACUCAACGCCGAGCUCACCCGCCACCGUGACGAUGCUUUCGCUCACCGGUCGACCGCCACCGAGCUGCGAGCGCAGCUCGAGGCCGAAACAGCUCAGCUGCAGGCGCUUGUCGACGAUCAGGCGACAAACCACACCCAGGCGAGCGCCGAGCACGAGGCCCAGCGCGCGGCACUCACCGAGCGCAUGCAGCUGCUGCAGCGUGAUCUGGAACUGCACCGACAGGCUGAGGAUAAGCACGCGGCGGCGGCGGCAGACAGCUCAGCAGCGCUCGACGCCGCCGAGCGGCGCUGGCGCCAAGAGCGCGAAGCGUUGUCGGCUAGGCUUGCUGAGCGCGAGGAGCAAGUAGCACAACUCGACGCGCGCCUGCGGACAGCGCAAGACGAAGCUAUCGAGUCGCGGCACGCAGCCGAGUUGAAGGCUGCCCAGCUGCAGGCGUCGCUGAGCUCCGCACAGGCGCGGCUUGAUGCGCUAGAGUCCGAGCUCGUCGCGAGUCAGGACGCAGCCCGGGACGCCGUUGCCGAAGCCCGCAAGCUUGGCAGCGGAUUGGAGGCCAAGACGCAGGAACUGAAGCGGGCCGAGGCCACGUUUGCGGCUGAAAGCGCCCGAGCUGCGGGCCAGAUCACGAAUCUCGAGACCGCGCUUGAGCGCGCCAAAGAGAGUCACCUUGCCAUCCUCGCCGAGAUGACCAAGUCAUCCAGGGCUGCGCAUGCUGAGAGCUUGCGACUCGGCAGCGAGCUGACCGACAGCCAGCGUGCUGUGGCGGAAGCAAGCGACGCCCUACGGAUGGAAACGGCGCAGAAGAAGACGCUGCAGAGCCGGCUGGACACGCUCAACGACGAGCUGGAGCAGCUUCGCAAGACGCUCAACACCGAGCGUGACGAGAGCCGCGCUGCGCUCCGGGUGGCUGUCGAUCGGGAGCAUGCGCUCCACGGCGAGGUUCUUGAUGCUGACAAUCGGGCUGCAGCGGCAAAAGCCAAGCUCGAGGCAUCUGCUUCUGCUGCACAGACAGCCGAAGCCGAUUUACGGGCGCGAAUGGCGUCGCUCGAGGCCGAGCUGGCGAGCCGGGCGUCUGAAUCGGGCGCUGCUGUUGCGCAGCUUCGAGAUGAGCUGGCUGCGCAGCGAAAGGCAGCAAGCGAUGCGAUGGCUACUGCCGCCGCAGCUGAGGCGGCACGGGACACACAUGCGCGUGCUGCCGAUGACCGCGAGCGCGCUGCUGCGCGUGAAGCCGAGAUGCUCAAGCACACGAUGGCUAUCCUGGAGGAGCGAGUGACGGCGGCAGAGGAUCAGGCGGCGGCGGCAGAGGAUCGGGCGGCCCAGCUUCACCGCGAGAUGUCGUCGGCUGCAGCUGCAAGUCACGACGAGCUUCGCGAAGCGCUGUCCAAGGUAACUCGCCUCGAGGCAGUAGUAGCGGCCAAGAGCUCUGCGCUUGCUGCGGCAGAGGCGCGGAGUCAGGCGCUUGCAUCUGACUCGGAGCAUGCGUCGGCAGCGGCUCGUGCGGCUGCUGACGCCGCAGCCGCCCAGCACGCAGAGUUGAGCAAGACCAAUGCCGAGCUACGAGUGGCGGUCGGAGCAGCAGAGCGGCGAGUGGCGGAGCUGACCACCACGCGAGACACGCUGUCGGCGCAGCUCGAGGUGAGCCGGGAGACGCUCGGCCAGGUUCGAGCGACGCUCGAGAUUGAGAAUCAGACGCUGAGUGCUGAACUUGAGACGGUACGUGCAGCGUUCGACGCGGACAAGAUGGAAGCAGCGGCGCGCGACGCACGGGCAACGGCUGCGAUUGAGGCGCUUGAGGCCAAAGUGGCAGUGGCGAAGCAGGCGGCUGAAGACGCUGCAGCCGAGGCUGAAGCACUCGAGGCCGAGGCGGCGGUAGCACAGGCCCAGGCCGCUGAGCUGCAGCCGCGGCUGGCUGCAGCCGAGGCAGCACUUGCGUCUCUGCGCGAUGAGGCUGCACGGGCUAGCGCCACAGCGCGUGCGCUGGCAGAGGAGCACGAGGCUCGCAUGGCUGCAGCCCUCGCGGCCAACGUCGAACUGGCCGACAAAGUCCGUGGGCUGCAGGCCAAGGCACAGGCUACUCGCGCGUCGAGCGCGAGUGAGCUCUCACGGGUGGCGGCAGAGGAGGCUCGACACCGCGAGGCGCUUGCACGCACGGAAAAACUGCGGGCUGAUGCCUUUGCGCGCGCCGAGCGUGCCGAGGCUGAGCGUGCCGAGACUGCCAAGGCGCUGAGCGAGGCUGAAGCGCAGAUAUCCAGGCUGGAGGGGGCGGAGCGGAUGCUGCAACAUGAUAUGGGCAGCAUGCGCGCGGAGCACGGGAGGGCCAAGGCGGAUCUGCGGCGGCAGGUGGUACAGCUGCAGGCUGCUGUAGACGACGGGGCACGUCGGGAGGCUGAGGCCGAGGCGCUCGCGCGGGCGGCAGAAGAGCGGGCUUCGCAGGCAGAGUUUAGCUUGAUGCGGGUUCAGGCUGAGCUGGAAGUCGACCGUGGCCAGGCGGAGCGUCUACUUGCGGAGCGCAAGGCUGACCGGCAGCUGCUCGACGUGGUGUCGCGGGAGCGUGAGGUGGCACAACGUCAGGAAAAGGCGGCGCGGGUCGAAGCUACCAAUGCAAAGGCCGCGGCCGAGGCGGCUGAGGCCAAGGCUUCGUCGCUGGCUGUCGAGUUGGCGGUGACAACGAGCGCGCUGGAAUCGCUCGCGGCGCAGCACAAUGCCGAGGCCGAGCAGCUGCGCGCCGCCGUGGCAGCAGCGGAGGAGGAGGCGGAGCUCCAGCGUGUGGCGGCGACCAAAUACCAGAAGCUGCUUCUGGCGUCUGACAACUCACGGGCCGCGCUCAAGCUUGCGCGCGAGAGCGACGCGGCGGCGGCGGCGGCGGAGCGCGAGUGGAGCGAGGGCGCGAUGGCGCGGGCGACGCGCGGGCAGUCGGAGCUGCUGCAGCUCGACUAUCUGACCGGGGAGCUGUCGGCGACGCAGAAGCGAACGAGCGAACUCGAGGGCCAGCUGAUGGCAGCAGCACAGGAGCUACUGGCAGCCCGAGAUGAGAUCGACCGGCUGCGACCAGAGACGCGGUCGGUCGGGGUGCAGGUGGCGCUGGCUGCGCGGCGGUCGAAGCGGUCAGCAAGCGUGGUCUCAGAGACAUGGUCCGAGACGUCGAGCCCCGGGCGACCGCAGGUGUUCUGGUGGCAGGGUAAAGUGUAGCAGUCGCAUCA